GAGAACUGAACACGAUCCAGGCGUUUUGUAGCCUUAAUAGUACAGGUUCAUCCUGCUUCGCGACUACAUAAACACUAAAAACUGACGAGCCGUUCGUGCUAUAUUGAUGUAUUAUUUCUGACCUACUUCGCUUACACAACUGUUUUACUCAUUAUUUUGUGAUAGUAAUGUGUAUUAUGUACAAGGGACACGGGGAGAUAAAAAAGUAGAAAGCAACCACCAAGGUCUAUUAUUUAAAUUGACCAACAAGCCAAUUCAGCAAAUGAGUGACCACUAAAAUCUGUCUGGACAAUGACAAACCAUUAGCAGUAUCAUUAGUAGACGUUCGAAUACAUAGGGGACCUUAAGUUUUUCCUAUUAAUAUAGCUCACGCGGUACAACAGGCCAUUAAAGUGUUCCACAAAGCAGUGUAACUUAAAACACUAAGGCUCAAACACAUCUCAUGCCAAGAUGCCAUUAGUAUGUCCCCAAUCAGUCGUAUUGAAUUUCUGGAAUUUUCAUUUUAUGCGUUUUUUAAGACUUGGUUUCAUGCAUCAGUAACGCUUUGAAAAGAUCUAUGAUCAAAGUUUAUUGGCUGCCACAGGGGUACCGCAGUAGAAAGCCAACUAUUAUCAAAAUAAUUACCACUUGACAAACACAAAUAUCCUAUUUGCACCCCUAACCAAUCUUAUGUAUCUAUGCUAAAAUUUAUUCAAUCGCCAACUUACCAGGGCUGAUAGCACCCCAAAGACAAGUAAUGAAUCAGCUCGCUUGACUAUCUGGUUGCUUGUAAUCGGGUUAGGCAUUGAUGCAGACUGGUAUUGCAGCUAUAUUUCAUGUUUAAAGGAAUAGGAACGCAUUCAAAUAGUUUUUGCACCCUUAUUCAAAGCAUUUGAGAGACUCAAUGUUCUACCAAUCUCUUUAUUAAGUAGUACUAUAUCAUCUAGAUCUCUUAGCUCAUAAGGAUUCUAAAAGCGUAUCUGUAAAAAUGCUAACGGUAAAUGGUGGAAACCCAUAUUCCUGACAAGUAUUACUUGAUACAACUAGUUUGGAUGAUAGUACUUCGGAAGCUUUGAUUCGGUCGACACUAUCGAGAUUAAGCCUUUAGUCGGUUUAUGUACUUCUUUGGUGCGCCUUUCAGUAAUAGCUGAUUUCAUGAAAUCUGUUGGAUGCUAGUUAGAUUUUCCAAUUUUUCGAAGACUAGGGGAUGGAGUCCCUUUCUCCGGGACUGUAGCUCCUGAAACAUUGACUUGAAUUAUGUUCAAAGAAAAUUUAGGUUUAAUAGUUUGAAUUUUUUGUAUAAAUAUUAUCCCUUAUUUUGGGGUUAUUGCUUUCAAGUGAAUGUAAAAAAGUCUGCUUAACUUAUUUCUGUAAAACGUCACUCAGUAAUUCUCAAGCUGGUAAAGUAUAAAAUUUUAUACCUUUAGAUUGCAUCGAAAUACAGCAGUUAUAUGUAUGCUUAUUAAGUCGUUAUCUCGAAGGAAAUAACCCUAAGGUUUAUCACCUCACAGACUAACACACCGAAAGUUUUUGUCUUUAUUUAGUGAGAAAGUAGAAAAAUCCAGCAUUUUAGAAAGCUGGCCACAUGUUUUCAGUUAACAUACUUUUCAUAUUCUAAUAUAAAAUAUUAUAACAAUAGGAUUCCUGAGUAGUUCGAAAAAGAAUUUGCUGAAGAUAUUUUAGAAAUCCAUCAGGCAGAAAUACCGUGGCAUUCAUGUUGUGUUGGGUGGAUAUACACUCCUUCCUAGAUAGAGGGGAUUUUCCUGUUACCAUUUCAGAUUUUCACUUUUUGAUCGUGGAUUAUUUACUGCAUAGUAUCUUUCAAAGAAUAGGAACUAAUCUGCCACUUGAAUUUUCGUAUUUAUUAUGUUGAUCUUUAGAUUUGCUUCUUUAAUUAGUUACCAGCCUAAAGUUUUUAAAUAUCCCCUACUUUGCCCAUUUUAGAUCAAGUUGCCAUUGUAUAUUAUUGCUGCAAACACAGACCAAGCUAAAUGAUGAUGAAUGAACCACUGGUAAUUAAAGGACUAAUUGCAAUUCUUUAGUUAUUUACUGGGGCUAUUUAAAUUCGGUCCAUCUCGUUAUUCACGAAAGUGUCUGACAAAACAAACCUUUUAUUUUAUUUGGUUAGGUUGUUUUCAUAAUUAAGUGUAAAUAAAGAUGUUUCAGUGUUGUGCACACUACUUUCCAUCAUAUUACGGAUUGUCAUCUCACUUUACAUAGGAUUUAGGAAAUUUGCUAGUACCCUCAUUUUUUGCGACAUUGAUGUGGCUCAUAUUGUCGCACAUCAACCUGUUGAUAAUUAAUAAAUCCAAAAUGUCUUUCAAAUUCAUUGAGAACAUGUUUCGUAUUUCAAUAGACAAAUACAAGUGUCCAGUUUUUUAUUUCGAAUCUCUAGAUAUACAAGGAUUGUAGGAUCAUUUGGGUGAAAUAUUCAAUAUAUGUAUAGACCAGUCGCUACUGAUUAUGUAUAAACCUUUAACAGAUCAGUUUUACACAAUAGUAUAUUCGUUUAUUUCAAAUAAUUGUAGCGAUUCCCGUGAGUUUGGGUAAAUGUAUUACUCACUUUAUGUAUGCAGAAAAAUUGGGGAAAAAAUCUGUUCUAAUUUACAAUGUACAUCCUUUAAUGGACGCGAAGUCAUUGUUGAAUUUCUUUAAAUUAUUUGGUGAAAUAACUAGUUUACGCUACUCACCACCUGAAGCUCGAUGUGUCUUUGAAUUUAACAAAUCAGAAUGUGUAGAAAAAAUUCUAGUAUCUCCAAUGAAUACAACUUACGAGUUCGAAUUGACCGAUGUUAACAUUCCUGAAUGCUAUUUAUCUCGGAAUCCCGAAUGGAUAAUAGAUUAUCAAAAGGCUAAAAGUGAUUCGGAAGCGAUUCUGCAGAAUUAUUUCAAGAAACGUAUGGAAUACAGUAACAAACCUGAUGAUGACGGUUGGAUCACGGUCAGAAAAGGAAUGAGACUUUAAUGCGGACUAUAUUUUUACUUCUGCUUCUGUAAAUUUGGUUCAAAUUUGUACAAUAAAUAGUAUUUCAUCAUGAAGUUCA